AUGGCAGCAAUAGCAGGAGGAUCAUUUGGAGUCCCCAGCUCACGUAUCUCUAUAACCACCCCAACUCUUCCUUCCUCUUCUCUGUUUCCAAGAUUAACAUUGCAAUCAGGUAAUAAAAAGGACAGCCAAUUGCGUUGUGCCGUGCAAGAGACUUCCACUUCUGCUGUUACUACUGAGAAGAAAGACAAAGAAAAAGAAGACUCAACAGUAGCGGCUCCGGCAAAGAAACUGAAACCCGCAGCUGCCAAAGCAGCAGUGGCCACGAAACCACUGAAACAGAUGAUGGAAGAAGACGUCAUUCCUCCUUUAAAAGCCAUUCUUGAAGCUCAAAAUGAUAUCUCUGAGAUAGAUUUAUCUUUCCAAGACGAUAAGCUGGAAGGCUUUUUCUUCAAGAAAGGUAUUCAAUAUUCCUUCUGGGCCUUCUUCCCCACUGGAAAUCUCAUAGGAGCAAAGGGGUUUUCAAUUUCCUCAUACGGGUCAGGUCCAAGCACAGUGGAGCCGUUUCUGGUCGAUGAGAGGAAACCAACCGCUAACCACGUCGUCUUUUGGGUCGAGAAGCGCCUUGCCGCACAAGGGAUCAUUCCCGUUUGGAACGAAUGA